AGCCAAGCCAUGGAGAGGUCCCAUUCCGUUCUCUAUGAAACUCGAGAGGUCCAUCUCUAGCCCCACUGACCGGCCCCAGCCUUGGUUCCCUUCCCUUCUUCCUCGACCUCAUUCUGUCUGCCCCUGAACCUGUGCCGUGUGUGCAACCAAAUGGAGAAGGCGGCGGCGAGGAGGCGUCAGGUGCCGGCGUUCGGGGAGUGGAACUACUACUACCACUACGACGAGCCGGAGACGGUUGCGCCGCCCGCCCUCUCCUACAGCUACGGCGCCACGCCUGAGCCGGAGGCCUGCAGCGACGUGUGGUUCAGGUACUCGCCGCCCCAGUGCAAGCCCAUGCCCGCCAAGAAGCCGAGGAGGAGGGUGCCGGAGGGCGACGACGCGUCGCUUGAGAAGAAGGCACGACGGGCGAGGCCGGCAGCAGAGGCCGGCGGCGGUGGAGGUGGCCUGGCGCGGGCCACAAGGGUAGUGCGGCCGGUCGACGAGGACCUGUACCAGGUGCCACCGCCGGAGCUCGCCUCCCACCGGAGCCGCCCCAGGAGGAGCAUGUGGAUGGGCUGCCUGGGAUGCCUCGCCUGAAGGCCUGAACCAUCCGUUCGCAACGUGCUGCGAGCUUGUUGUUCAUCAGUGGUAGUGGAUUGCGUUGCUUUCUUCAUUUUUACGUUGUAUUGUUGGAUACUUCCGUGAUGAUUCUCUCUUUCUCUCUCCGAUCUUUCUGUGCCGCUGUCUUGGAUUGUGCCAAGAUACGUGUUCUUAGUAUGUAGCACUAGCUAUGAACAUUUCGAGUUUUCACUCUUUUUGUGUAAUGUCUGUAAGAUAAUGAGUUUCAAGAUCUUAUUCUAUUAAGCAGGUAUUUAUCAUCCCGAAA